GCAGGUGUGUCUCGCAGGAAGUGGGUGGAUCAGCGUGAUGUCUGGCAGCUAAACACUCGCCUGCUGUGUGGAAAUCACACUCAUUCUAUCAGCCAUGAUCUCACUGUUUCUCCUUCAUUUGCUGCCCUUUUAGAAGAAGCGACAGCGUAGUGAAGUACAGGCUUUAAUGUCUGACUGUGACGAGAAACAUCACUACUGUUAAGCCACGUGUUGUUUCAGACUUAUUUUAUUCACUGUUUCGUAUCACGUCUUCUGUGUUGAGUCACGACUGUUUACUUUUUAUUGUGUGUUUUGUUUAUUCUGGUUUAAUAGUUUGUGUUUACGUGCUUGAAUUGAAAAUCUGUUUUCCGCCCUCUUGUGGUCACGGAAGGGCACGAUACGUCAGGUGAGACGUGAGAGAAGAGUGACACUUCCUGUCAAUACUAUCAAAAUAAAUCCACAUAGGAAACUAGUCCUUAGUGCCUCGGUAGAAAUAACGCUAAUGGGUGGAAACCAGAUCAGUUUUAGACAGAAACUUAGAAAGCAGAGAUAAUUUCCUCCAGGGUGAGCACACUGGCAGACAUCCGGCACACGUCAGUUAACGUGGCGGUCAAACAGACGUUGACGGCCGGUGGGACAGAAACUCAAGGCGGUAACGACAUCAGCCCCCCACACACCAACACCUUCCUGGUAUCUUCUUGGCUCAAAUGGCGAGCUACGCGGGCCCGGGCCGGUACAGGCCGGGAGUCUGGUCCUCGGCGAUGCUCCUGCUGGUGCUGACGGGUCAAACCAGGCCGGUCAGUGCCGUGUCCGAACAGGGGAAAUGGAUACUGAACGUCGACAGCGAGACCCUGAAGAAGCAGAACAUCUUCUACUUCACUAAAACUCUGUUCAACAGCAGCUCCAUCCACCUCAAAUUGGUGUCAGAGACCUGCAACGCCUCGUCUCCGGUCCAGCUGAACGUGUCCUGGUAUCUGAGGAACUCGCACUGCUACAAUGAGGUCUUCAAGCUGGACACAUCCAGUACAGGAAGUUACUUCAGGUCACCGAGGGUCCAACAGGGAGGAGGAAGUGGAUAUUAUGUUUUCCACCAGUAUCCUGUCAUCACCUGCAAGCCAAACUUAAGCCCCAACACGUUCAGUCUGGAUGUCUUUGAGAAGAAAACUCGGCUGACAGAAGUGCUGGAGGAACAGCCAGCCACAGUGAAGACUUCGAGCAGGAGGAGGAGGGAGGUGGAGCUGCCCAAACCGAAGGCUGCUGCAACAUCGCCACAAACAGGAAGAACUGCUGGUGCUCCUAAGGAGAUGGAUCCUGACCCUCGCUUAUACAUGGUGGCUGAGAGCUGGGAGGACGGCCCCUACAUGUUCCUCCUGAAUAUCAGAGAGAUCAGAGACAAGAGCCGACCGCCUGAUCCUGCUAACCCGCCUGCUCCCUGGAGUCUGCAGCUGCAGAUCAGCAUGAAUGGUCCUCAUGGCUACAUGUCAGCCUCUGAAUGGCCUCUGAUGGUGUUCUACAUGGUGAUGUGUAUCGUGUACGUGCUGCUGGCUGUGCUGUGGUUGGUUCUGUCUGCGUGCUACUGGAGAGAUCUGCUCAGGAUCCAGUUCUGGAUCGGCGGGGUCAUCUUCUUGGGCAUGUUGGAGAAGGCCGUUUACUACGCCGAGUUCCAAAGCAUCAGAUACGACGGCUUGUCAGUCCAGGGGGCGGUGGUGUUCGCUGAGGUGCUCUCUGCGGUGAAGAGGACUCUGGCCAGGGUGUUGGUGAUCAUCGCCAGCCUGGGAUACGGCAUCGUGAAGCCCAGACUUGGUGCGUUGCUCCACAGAGUCGUCGGUGUCGGUCUGCUCUACUUGAUGUUCUCCAUCAUUGAGGGGAUCCUGCGAGUCAAUGCAGAUCGAAGCAACAACAACAGCAGUAGACUUUUGUGUGACAUAGUGCUGGCCUUCAUUGACUCCUGUGUUGUCUGGUGGAUCUUUGUAAGCCUGGCUCAGACGAUGAAGCUGCUGAGGCUGAGGAGGAACGUGGUGAAGCUCUCCCUCUACAGACAUUUCACCAACACGCUCAUCUUCGCUGUCAUAGCGUCCGUCAUCUUCAUCAUUUGGACCACCAAGACCAUCAAGAUGGUCAAAUGCCAGUCUGACUGGAGGGAGCUGUGGAUUGAUGACGCCUUCUGGCGCUUCUUGUUCUCCACCAUCCUACUGGUCAUCAUGUUCCUAUGGCGACCGUCGGCCAAUAAUCAGAGGUACGCCUUCAGCUCUCUGCUGGAUGAAGAAAGUGAGGAAGAGGAGAAGGAGCCCAUGAUGAACGAAGCCUUCGAGGGGAUGAAGAUGAGGGGAACGAAAAACGAGACCAACGGUUCAGCCAAAGCCAGCAAAGUGGAUGAGGAUCUGAAGUGGGUGGAGGAGAACAUCCCGUCCUCUAUGGCUGAUGUUGCGCUGCCCCCCCUGCUGGACUCUGAUGAGGAAACCAUAACGACGAAGUUUGAGAUGUCCAAGAUGGAGUGAAGCAGAGGUGGAGGGACGGAGGACGGAUGAAUACGAGUGUAUGAGGUGGAGAAGGAGGGAUAGACGAACUGAUGGAUGAACGAGGGAGCGUUUUGUCAGACGGUGGUGUCGGUGUGUGGCGCCAUCCCUGACUUUGUGAGCUUUGUAAGCCUUGAUUGUACCUAAACUGGGAGUGAGAUUGAUCACAGCGGCACGCAGAUCCUUUUUAUUUUUAUUGCCUGUUUGUAUUUAUAUUUCUAUACAGUAUAUUUUGACAGAUUUGAAGCCUUUGUGCUGUUUCCACGAUUCUCAGAUCUUGUCUCAUCAGACUUUGUGUCUUCAUUUACAGAUUUGUAAACCUCAAAGAAAAAGAUGUGGAGGAAUACAUGAAUUAUUUUCUCAUUCUUACUUUUUGGAGUUGUGAGGUUUGUCAGUGAGGGUGGUUUGUUUUUUUCCAGCUUUGCUCCCAGUUGCUUUCUGUUUGUGUAAAGGAAUUAAUGCAACAGUAACAACAGAUUUGCUGUACCUUGUUGAUUAAAGUCAGUUAAAAUUUAGAACAUCUUUGGUUCACUUUGACGAAAUCCUUCCCUGCAGAAAACUGGUGUCCUGCCUCGAGUCUCAGAGACGGGGAGUCCUGUCCUUGUGAUACAGAAGCAGAUCCUAAACCCGUGACUGCGUCUGUCCUAACUUAUCUUCAGAAAUCCGAUGAUGACCUGUUAAUUCGAUUCCCUCGUCUUGUCGGGACGGACAGAAAAAGACAAAGUUUGCGGAAAUGCGUACCUGCAUCCGUUCAGGGAAGCUAACAGGCUAACAUCUGCGUUAGCUUCUCCAACAAGCUAACAACAGUUAGCUUUAGCCUUUCAGUCAGAAACAGUGAAGGCAGGACGGUCCAGAUACAUAAUUCAGGGCUCAGGUUUUCUCUGACUUUCACUGAAGCAUCUCAGCAUCUGCAGGAUGGAUUCACAUGAAACGUGGCCCAGAUUCUCCCUCGUAACUUUGGUCGUCCUCAGCACUUGGUCUGAGCAGCUGUUGUAUGAAUAUUCAUGUCACCAUUCAGGUCCCGUCUCCACGUAAAUGUAAAGAAAAUAUUUUUGUAAAAGCUGGAAGCCUCGCAGAGAAACCCACUUCCAGUAUGUGUUCACAUGUCCAGCCUCAAGUGUGUGUAGUGUUUUUAUGACAGCAGCCAACACUGUGGGUGUGUGCUUGUGUGUGUGCUUCCUUAUGCAACACAGCUGCACUGGUAAAACCGAUUCAGUUCAGGCCAGACGUAAGUUCUGAGAGUCUGGCACACUGAAAUGUGUGUGAGCAGUUUGUUUCUGGAGCUGCACAGGAAUGAAACUGGAUUAAAGAUGUUUGCUUAGGAUCAGCCUGAAACGCGACGUGUCAUAAACUCUUCAGUUUCACAUCUCUGAGCAGCAUCUGUUUGUAGCUCAGUGAAGUCCUGUGCUCUUUGGUUUGUAAAUGAAUCAAAAAUUAAUAAUAAAAUCUUGGAAAGUCAA